UCGCGUGCCAGAAAGCUGGUGGCCUCCUGAUCCCAGCGGAGAGGGAGAAGCCUGGCUCCCUGGGAGCACAACAGGCCCCAGCCCUCUGCCUUCCAUGCAGGCUCGGGCACCACAGUAAAAAUUGGAGAUUUUUUAAUUUUGGGGUAAAUAACCUUCUUCUGGCCAUUUCCUAAGUAAGUGCCGGAGCCGUGUCCCAUCACCUAACCCAGAGCGGUACGGUGACUGCUGCGUGGCCACGCUGCUCGCCGCGUUUUGUAGCCCAGCCACGACUCUCGCUCCCGUCCCGCUCCCCGGGGCGGCGAGGGCGCAGCUGACGCACAGGAAAAGCCGCCGGGACGGGGCUGGGGCGGCAUAAAGCACGGGGCAGGCGGCAGACACGCCUGGGGACGCCGCCUGCAGCAGGGCUCGACUGGGGACCGCUCGCACAGUAUGUCCCAAUGGAGCCAAGUUCAACAACUGGAAAUAAAGUUUUUGGAGCAAGUAGACCAGUUCUAUGAUGAUAACUUUCCCAUGGAAAUCCGCCAUCUACUGGCACAAUGGAUAGAAAGCCAAGAUUGGGAGGCCGCAUCCAACAAUGAAGCAAUGGCAAUGAUCCUUUUACAGAAUUUGCUAAUACAAGUGGAUGAGCAGCUAGACCGGGUUUCACAAGAGAAGAACCUUCUUUUGAUACACAACCUGAAGAGGAUCAGGAAGCUGCUUCAGGGGAAAUACCAUGGUAAUCCCAUGCAUAUAGCGGUGAUCAUCUCAAACUGUUUAAGAGAAGAAAGAAGAAUAUUGGCUGCAGCCAGCAUGCCUGUACAGGGGCCACUGGAAAAGUCUUUGCAGAGCUCUGUGGUUUCAGAACGACAAAGAAAUGUAGAACACAAGGUGUCAGCCAUCAAGAACAGUGCUCAGAUGACUGACCAAGAUGUCAAAUACUUGGAAGACUUGCAAGAGGAAUUUGACUUCAGGUAUAAAACAAUACAAAGUUUAGAGCAGAGCGACAAAAACAGUGCCCUCAUUAAACAGGAAAUGUUGGCGUUGCAGGCUAUGCUCAAUACAUUAGACUACAAGAGAAAGGAAGUACUCAGCAAAAUCGGCCGCGUGAUUCAUGAAAUCGACAUGCUCAUGAGCAACAUGCUGACCGAGGAGCUGCUAGACUGGAAGAGGCGGCAGCAGAUCGCCUGCAUCGGGGGUCCUCUCCACGGGGGGCUCGAUCAGCUCCAGAACUGUUUCACACUGUUGGCAGAGAGUCUGUUUCAAGUUAGAAGGCAACUAGAAAAACUGGAUGAACUGUUGACCAGGCUGACUUACGACGGGGAUCCUAUCCCAGUGCAAAGACCUCAGCUGCUGGAAAAAGUCAAUUUCCUGCUCUACAACCUUUUCCGGAAUUCAUUUGUGGUGGAAAGGCAGCCCUGCAUGCCAACACACCCCCAGAGGCCAAUGGUUCUCAAAACGCUAAUACAGUUCACUGUUAAAUUAAGGUUGCUAAUUAAAUUGCCAGAGCUGAACUACCAGAUCAGAGUGAAAGCAACUAUCGACAAGAAUGUUUCAACUGUCAGUAAUCGUAGAUUCGUUCUGUGUGGAACGCAUGUGAAAGCUAUGAACAUGGAUGAAUCGGCAAAUGGAAGUCUGUCGGUAGAAUUUCGACAUUUGCAACCAAAAGAAAUGAAAUCAAGUGCUGGAAGCAAAGGAAAUGAGGGCCCUCAUAUGGUGACUGAGGAGCUGCACUCCAUCAGCUUCGAAACGCAGGUCUGCCUGUAUGGACUGACUAUAAAUUUGGAAACAAGCUCUUUGCCUGUGGUGAUGAUUUCCAACGUCAGCCAACUGCCCAAUGCAUGGGCUUCUAUUAUUUGGUACAAUCUAUCAACCAACGAUCCUCAGAAUUUAUCUUUCUUUAAUAAUCCCCCUGCUGCCACCUUAAGUCAGCUCCUAGAAGUACUGAGCUGGCAGUUUUCAUCUUAUGUCGGCCGUGGACUCAAUUCUGAACAGCUCAACAUGCUGGCUGAGAAACUUAUGGGGCAACAAGUCAGUUACAACGACUACCAGCUAUCCUGGGCAAAGUUCUGCAAGGAACAUUUACCUGGAAAGUCUUUUACCUUUUGGGUUUGGCUUGAAGCUAUACUGGACUUAAUCAAAAAACACAUUCUUCCUCUUUGGAUUGAUGGGUACGUAAUGGGCUUUGUAAGCAAAGAGAAGGAACGGAUUUUGCUCAAAGACAAGACACCAGGAACAUUUUUACUAAGGUUUAGUGAGAGCAACCUGGGCGGAAUUACCUUUACUUGGGUGGACCAGUUAGAAAAUGGAGAGGUAACGUUCCACUCGGUGGAGCCCUACAACAAAGGCCGCUUAGCUGCACUGCCCUUUGCCGACAUACUGCGAGAUUACAAAGUCAUUAUGGCAGACAACGUUCCCGAAAACCCUCUGAAGUAUCUGUAUCCAGACAUUCCCAAAGAUAAGGCCUUUGGCAAACACUACAGCUGUCAGCCGAAUGAAGUCUCAAAGCCCUCGGAUGGUGGAGUGAAAGGUUACGUUCCUUCUGUAUUUAUCCCAGUCUCCAAAAUCUUAAAUGAUUCUACAGAUCCACAUUCUCCAUCAGAUCUUCUUCCAAUGUCUCCAAGCGUUUAUGCUGUGCUGCGAGAACACCUGAGUCCCACAGUGAUCGAAACUGCUCUGAGUUCUCCUUACUCAACUGACUGAGCUUGACGUACCAGAAUCUUGUGGACACUGGAUGGGUUAAAAGUCUCAGAAAUAUUUUUUCCAUCAUCUUUGUAAACCAGCAUUUCCUGGAAACCAUUAUAAUGCUGUCCUCACUGAUAAAAGGCCAAAUCCUUUCUGGCUUGUAGGUCAUUCGGCUCCAGUUCGGUGCAGCAGGCAUAAAUUUUUACUUGCAGAAUUCCUGGCCUUAGAAUUGCUGUAAAUAUGACAGUAUAAGAACAGAACUUUUUGCUUCUGAUAACAGCCUGUAAGGACAAAUAAAGACUUCAAGGUGUUUGGAGAAA